GUGGUGGUGGUGGAGGAGGAGGACGGUCUGUGUGGCCUGAAGUCGCCGUGGCCCCUGUGGUGGUGGGUUCCGGGUGGGCUCGUCUCACCCUGCCCCGUCUGCGAUGCAUCCACGGCGCCCGGACGGCUUCGAUGGCUUGGGCUAUCGCGGGGGUAUCCGUGAUGAGCAGGCCUUUGGAGGCGCUUUUCCUGCAAGGUCCUUCAGCUCCGCGUCGGACCGGGGCCACUGGGUGACCACUCCCCCAGACAUUCCGGGUAGCCGCAACCUGCUCUGGGGCGAGAAGAGCCCGCCCUACGGAGUGCCCGCCCCUUCUACCCCCGAGGGCCCGGAGGAGGAACCCUUUCCUGGAGGCAGCGGCGGCAGCGUGCCGGGGCAAAGCAGCGGUGAGGGACGCUGGGAGCAAGAACAGUUGAGUAGAUUUGCUGGAUUUGGUAUUGGACUUGCAAGUCUCUUUACAGAAAAUGUACUGGCUCAUCCUUGCAUUGUUCUACGCCGCCAGUGUCAGGUUAACUAUCAUGCUCAGCAUUAUCAUCUCACUCCAUUUACAGUCAUCAAUAUUAUGUACAGCUUCAACAAAACUCAGGGACCGAGGGCCCUUUGGAAAGGAAUGGGAAGUACCUUUAUUGUCCAGGGAAUCACACUCGGAGCAGAAGGAAUAAUCAGUGAAUUCACACCUUUACCAAGGGAGGUUUCACAUAAAUGGAAUCCCAAACAAAUAGGAGAACAUCUUCUACUGAAAUCCCUAACUUAUAUGGUGGCAAUGCCUUUUUACUCAGCAAGUCUAAUUGAAACAGUACAGAGUGAGAUAAUUCGAGAUAAUACUGGAAUUUUGGAAUGUGUUAAAGAAGGCAUUGGAAGAGUGAUAGGCAUGGGAGUGCCUCAUAGCAAACGACUGCUUCCCCUCCUCUCCUUGAUCUUUCCUACAGUGCUGCAUGGCCUUCUUCAUUACAUCAUCAGCUCAAUCAUUCAGAAGUUUGUCCUACUAAUUCUGAAGAGAAAGACUUACAAUAGCCAUCCAGCUGAGAGCACUAGCCCGGUGCAGAGUAUGUUGGAUGCUUAUUUUCCAGAACUUAUUGCUAACUUUGCUGCCAGUCUUUGCUCUGAUGUUAUACUUUAUCCCUUGGAAACAGUUUUGCACCGCCUUCACAUUCAAGGAACACGCACAAUAAUCGACAAUACAGACCUUGGCUAUGAAGUGCUUCCAAUUAAUACACAGUAUGAGGGAAUGAGAGACUGUAUCAAUACCAUAAAGCAGGAGGAAGGAAUGCUUGGCUUUUAUAAAGGGUUUGGUGCUGUUAUAGUACAGUACACACUACAUGCAGCUGUUUUACAGAUUACCAAAAUUAUUUACUCUACACUUCUUCAGAAUAGCGUUUGAGAUUUACGUUCCUGAUUAGUCUAAAAGACAUAAUCUGGACACUUUGUUAUGAAAUUGUGAGGGAUAAAAGUGAAUACUGGGGGAAAAAUGGAUUAGAAAGUGACACUGGUAGAAAACGCCCAUGCUGAAAACAGCGACUUUUUUUUAAGGCAUAAGUAUCUACUUUGUUAUCAAAGGUAUUCCAAAUUUGAAAACUCAAUAAAAAUAAUACUCAUGAAUUAAAUUCUAGAUAGCGUUGCAUGCAUACUGAACUAAAAAUAAUCUUGGACAGAAGCAAAACGUCAGCAAACAAAAAAUUUUACAAACAAAAAAUUUGGCUCAGUUUAUUCCAUCUGACUUCAAUAUUUAUUACAUGUUUAUUUCAUCUUCUUGAUAGAUAUUGUUAUGUCAUCCUUAAUACAGUGUAUGGUACUGAGAGGUCAUAGUUUACCAUUAAGCAAAUAAACCAUAUCAUCCGUGAUAAUAACAAGAAGCAUUAGAUUUGGCAAUCUGUAAUCAGGAGUUGAAGUUUUAAAUAGUAUUGUUUCUGCAUAACUUUUUAAUGGCUGCAUAUUUAUUACAUAAAGCCCUUUAUGCACAAAAACUUGGAAUUUCCUUCAACAAAUUUUUUACUCUUAGAUCAGCUUAUUGCAUAAAAUGAAGUAACAAUCUGCUUGAAUAUCAGAAUAAAAUAGAACAAGCCAAGGUACCCAAGGAUUUAAGGCAAACAGUGUACUUGUGUUUCCAGAAGCAGCAUUUCAAUGCCAGAAACUAAUAUUCAUCAUGUUUAUAAAGCUUGAUUUGCUUACCUAAUUAUGUGAAUCAUCAGGCUGAGUUUUAGAGCCACUCUUAACAGGUAGAAAAUACAAUAAUCAUGACAACUAUUACUGUUUCUAAAUUUACAAAUUGUGUACUAAAAUGAACAUCAGUUGUUUCAUUUUUUAAUGACUUGUCUUAGUGGAGACACAAUUAAAAUUCACCUGGGAAUUUGUACCUCUUGCCUCCUGUGUAGUUAU